AUGAAGUUCGGGCACAAUCUUCCUCGGAAUCAGGUGCCUGAAUGGGCAGAUUUCUACAUCAAUUACAAGGGCUUGAAGAAGCUGAUCAAGAAUGCGGCCGAUGCUUCCAAGGACGGUUCGGCACCCGAUCUUGCAGAAUUCUUCUUCUCCCUCGAUCGAAACCUUGAAGACGUCGACAGCUUCUACAACAAGAAACACGCAGAAUGCUCGCGCAGACUCCGGCUACUCCAGAGUCGCUAUGGACGCAUCGCACAGGCGCCGGACGACAUCGACCAAGACGAAGUGCAGGAGUUGAUCGGGGCGUUGCUGGAGCUUCGCGGCCAGUUCCGCAAGCUCCAAUGGUACGGAGAAGUCAAUCGCCGAGGCUUCAUCAAGAUCACGAAGAAGUUGGACAAGAAGAUCGAUAAAGUGUGUCUGCAGGAGCGAUAUUUGACGUCAAAGGUCAAUCACAGGCCAUUUGCGCACAACCUGCCCUUGAACCAGGACAUGAAGACAAUCAACGAGUGGCUGUCGGGCAUUGGUGACAUCAAGACUUUCGACGACACGGGUUCCACACAUUCGGCAGCGUCGUUAGGCAGAGUGCCCGGAGGCGCUCUUCAUCUCCCCUCGGGUCUUCUGGAUUCCGUUGAUCAAGCAAUACGAGCUGACAAGGUCGACGAACUCGAUCAACUUCUCGCCAAUGCAUCUGCGAGUAAUGGUGUGGCCAGCGCUUCAUUCCAGCAGCUUUUGUUGAAUCUUCUACAGCGUGCUAUAUCCUGCCGAGCCAAAGCAUGCAUAAGCCGAUUGUUGAAAGACAUCAUCUCUCUAGACGAAGGCGACAACAUCAACAAGCGUAAUUGCAUCCAUCGUCUUGUCAUCAGUAUCGGACGUGCCAAGAGCGGAGAGACCUCGAACGGUGACGGCGCCCAUGUUCAAAGUUCGACAGAAUCGCGGAGCUUCAUCGUGCCGGCAACUGCACCGAACCGUCAGCCGUGGCCGUGUACCAGCACCGAAGAAGAGUCGGCUAAGCUUUUGGACGCAAACGACGAUUCUGUAAAUCUUCUCACGUAUCUCCUUGACAGCUUACAGCUCGAUCAGCGUGCCGCUCUACAGGCACGUGACUCCUAUGGGCGCCUUCCGCUGCACUAUGCCGCUCAGUAUGGCUUCGUUGUCAUCUGCCAGACUGUCAUGAAGCACAUGCAGGAGUGGGGUCAGUUCAAUGUUACCGAGGGCAUCGACUCCCCAUAUUGGCAAGAUGCUGAGGGGUAUGCCCCAUUGCAUCUGAGCGUCAUGGGAGGGCAUCCUCUGACUACGAAAACUCUCUUAGAUGCGGAGAAUUGGCGUGGUACAAGCGAGGACAAACUCAUCUUUAGGAGAACUAUUUCGCAAUCCGGGGCCGCUCUAGCACUUGCAACGCGCUCUAACUUCGUGGCUAUAGUUCAGCUGUUGGUUGAGGCUGGUGUCGACGUGAAUUAUGUGGACGAAGGGGGUGAGACAGCACUACAUAUGGCUGCACGGUACGGCCACACCGAAUGCGCCAAGGCCUUGCUGGAGGGUUCCAAGGACAACAAGGCCAAAGUUGACAUCCCCGAGAAAACAUUUGCAUGGACGCCGCUAUUCAUCGCUUGUGUCGAUGAUCACCUCCCCAUUGUCGAGCUGCUGGUAUCUUCUGGAGCCAAUCUGGAACUCUGCGACAAUUCUGGAUGGACUGCAAAGGAACAUGCAGCGCUACGAGGUCACAUGGCCAUUGCAGCGAGGCUUGCGGAGCUUGCACCCACAGCGAAUUCCUCCCUCGCCGUACCCACUGACACAAGGAUCGCCCGAGCAGGCUCUCCACCGCAAUCGUCGCUUGAUGAGCGCCGAUCGAAAAAUAUCAACCGAGACAACACAGUAGUCAUGCAGAAAUUGCCUGAACCCGUGAAGACAUUUGGCCAUCGCUAUUUGACGAACGAGACCAUGAUAUUGGUUAGCUUGGGAUCUAUGGACAUCCGAAAAGAGACACCGGCUGUCAAGCUCGACGAAAUACCUCUCGCUGACGCACAUGCUACUCAGCUUGACACGGCCCUGUCGGUGGUAGUGUCAGCCUCUGGAGCCACCGGUGAACCCACGGUGAUUGAUCUACCGGUCCAAGACAACAUCGCUACCGAACCAAUAACGUUCAAGACGACAGAUAUCAGCAAGGUCAAAGUCUUGUUUGACAUUGUUCCUACUUAUGCAGGUACAAACGACCGUGUAGUUGGCCGAGGUGUUGCAUUGCUGUCCACGAUCAAGACCAGCAUUGGCUCUAAACGUAUCUCUUUGCAGGGCGACAUGAAAGUACCGAUCGUCGCAGCGUCAACUUUGGACGUCAUCGGAACCGUCAACUUCAACUUCUUGAUCAUCACUCCCUUUAAGCAUCCGGAGAUGACUGUCACUGAGGAUCACACAUACUGGAAGAAAAUGGCGUCCACAAUGGUCAUUGGGCAUCGAGGCCUUGGCAAAAACACGGCUUCACGAACAUCAUUGCAACUCGGCGAGAACACGAUCCAGUCUUUCAUUUCUGCAGCAAACUUGGGUGCGGAAUAUGUUGAGUUCGAUGUUCAAUUGACAAAGGAUCAUGUACCGGUGAUCUACCACGACUUCCUCGUUAGUGAGACGGGCAUCGACGCGCCUGUCCACACGCUCACACUAGAUCAAUUUCUCCAUAUCGGCGAAGGUCAAAAACCACGCCAGUCUCGACAAGCCUCGCCCGAACCUGACUCCUCUGCGAACAGUACAACCGGAACGGACGGCGAUGUAGAUCGGGCCAGCACCCGGCGUUUGCGAUCAUAUUCUGUUGAUAACUCAACGCAGCGAAACAUCCAUCUCGACCGACAGCAUGAGCUUACAGAACGAAUGAAGUACACGCGCGACUUCAAGAAGAAGGGCUUCAAGGGCAACAACCGAGGCUUUUCGAUUCAGUCCUCCUUUACCACUCUCGAUCAGAUGUUCAAUGAGCUAGAGGAGACAGUAGGCUUCAACAUCGAAAUGAAGUAUCCCAUGCUGCACGAGUCUGAAGAAGAAGAGAUGGAUCAGUACGCUGUGGAGCUCAACUCGUUCGUCGAUACCGUACUGCAGAAGGUCUACGACAAGAUGGGGAAGCGCAACGUCAUCUUCUCCUCGUUCAACCCUGACAUUUGCCUCAUGCUAUCCUUCAAGCAGCCUUCCAUUCCUGUGCUUUUCCUCACGGAUGCUGGUACCUCGCCGGUGGGCGAUGUUCGCGCUGCUAGCUUGCAGGAAGCCAUUCGAUUCGCCAGUCGAUGGAACCUGCUUGGUGUUGUCAGUGCUGCCGAGCCGCUUGUCAUGUGCCCCAGGCUAGUCAAGGUGGUCAAGGAGAGUGGGUUGGUCUGUGUCAGCUAUGGAACACUCAACAAUGAUCCUGACAAUGUCAAUCUUCAAAGAAACGAAGGCAUCGACGCCGUCAUCGUCGACCAAGUCCUCAAAGUCCGAAAAGGUCUCCAAGGCCCAAGUCAAGAUGGUAUCACUAAUGGCGUUAAUGGUGCUUCGCUUGUCGUGCCUACGACUUCCGUGCCGACCAUCAAGGAGGCUGCCGAGGCACUUGAUGGGUUAGAUGUCAACGGACGUCGAGAGCAAACUUCGUGA